CUGAACAGUUUAGUUUAGCAGGGAAGGGAUGACUUUGCCGCCAAGCAGAGAAAACCGCCAUUAAAACCUUGCUUACGACCAUCAGAGCAGAGGCUAGUCCCACUCCCGUCACCUUCCCGUACGACAGAGAGAGCGCGGAGGGGCGACCGUCUAGGGUUCCUCCGCCGCCGCCGCCACUUCAACCCACUGUAUCUCCCACCGACGCGUCCUCCUACAUCAAGCUCCUCAGGAGUCUCCUCCGGUUAACGACGAUCCCACUGAAAACGCCCGCCUUUUCCCUCCUCGCCCGCGUCCGUCCCGUCCUUCUUUCUUUCUUGCUAGAUGGAUCAGCGUGGAUUUGUGCGCAAGUCCAUCGUCCGGAUCUCCUUCAAGUGGCCGAAUCCUGACAACAAGGGGAAGAUACUGACCGUCGUCCUCCCCGGCACCAUCGUCUCCAUCAAGGACGAUGGAUCCUGCGUCGUGCUCGCGGAUGACACAUUCUUCCGACAGGAGAACUGCCCUUUCGUGGUGAAUCUGCCGACUGCCGGGGGAUACGAUGGUGUGCCAGUGGCUCCAUCGAUGCAGUUUUUCGUAGAUGGCUUCUGUGCAUUGGUUCUUCAGGUGCAACCAAAUGGUUAUGUGCCACCGGUGACAUUUGAGACUGGGCCUGUUCGGCGAGAGGAGAAAGUGUAUGGCUUUCUAUUUCCACAGGAGGAUUUCUUCACGCCAACAAUGUAUUGUCCAGGAAACGUCACCGAUGGAGGAACAGGCCCAUUGGCAAAUUGGAGGCAUGGUAUUCCUUUUCAUUCAUUUGGUCGUUUCGGAUCACCUAUAUUCAACCAAAGCGGUCAUCUUGUUGGGAUAUCUUAUCAAGAUUACGAGGCAUCACUAGUAGAAAACAGGGCUUUGGUCACAUGGCAGUUUUCACGUUAGUCCCGGUUCAGUCACGAACCGGGACUA